AUAAAAAAGAAUUUAGAGCAAAGUCGGGUAUCUACUGAGAAAAACGAUAAACAACUGUAUGCAAGCUUAGAUAGACCACAACCUCUUUCAUCGAGUAUACAUGCUAUCGAUGCUGUGUACUUCAAUGGAGCUAAUUCUAAAUCAUCAUGGAUAGUAUGUGGCACUGCUAGAAGGAAAAAUAACACUGUAAACGGAUUCCUGUACCUGAAGGUCUCAGAAUUUAGUGACCGUCUUUUGGUAUCGCCAAGACUUCCUGAUACUUGUAUGAAACAAUUAGAUAGUGAAUUGGGAAGCUAUGAAGUUGAAGGAUUGAAGUUGAUUCCCAUCAUACCAAUGAAAAAAUGGAAGAUAGAGUAUCAAGGAAUAAUGCGAUUUGAGAAUGACCACUCUCAACAAAUGAAUGUCAAGCUGAAUGCAUUUUGGAAGACUGAUAUGCCAUAUUACAACUUUGCAAACGAUAUGGACCCCAAACCAGUGGCACGUGCCAUGGCGAAAGAAUUAUGGAGUAGAGAUCAUUUCAAGAAUUUGAAAAAGUACCACCAAACCCAUUACGAACAUUUUGGAACACUAGAAGGAAAGGUGCAAAUUGAUGACCAGACGUUUCCACUGUCAUUAGAUUGCAUGAGAGAUCAUAGCUUUGGAGAUCAAAGAAAUUGGAAAAAUUUUCACCGUUACGUAAUGCACUUUGUUCACUUGGAAAAUGGAGAUCGCAUAACAGUGGGCGUCAUCUGCAUGCCAAUUACUUUCUCUCGACUUGAAGUUGGAUUCUUAGGUAAAUCGAAAGAACGUUUUAACUGUCCCAUCACCGCAGUUGAUUUUGAUCUAUAUCAACAUGGAGAGCAGGGAAGCCCACCAAUUGAUUAUGCACUUCAAUUUACCACAGAUAGACGAAGAUACACAAUGAAAGUACGAGCAUUAUCAUGUCCAGAAUUUUACAUAGGCGAAGAAAGCGAAUGCCGAAUAGUUGAGCAAAUGUGCCUCUUUGAAGUAAAUGGAUUAAAAGGAUGGGGUGCUGCUGAAUGGCAGUAUAGAAAUUUCGAUGGUCUUCCAUUGCAUGUCACGAGCAUAUAUGCACGCUAA